GACCAGCCCAAUUCACAUGCCAUUGUUCAGAUUAGUCUAGCAUUAUAUUUUCGGCUAGUGGCAGUUUAUUCCACGGAAGCCAUCCACCAUGCCCAGUUCAACUCAUUGGAUGAAUACCUCUGGCGAAUCCGACCCGGUCUGGGUUCACCACGUGCCCUACGACAAAUAUCCCCACUUCCCCCCACUGACGGAAAACAUGACAACAGACGUUUGCAUCGUGGGCGCAGGUAUUGCGGGCAUCUCGAUCGCCUAUGAGCUGGUCAAUCGGGGUAAGAAAGUCACCAUGAUCGAGGCGCGUCAGGUCUUGUCAGGGGAAACCGGACGAACUGCCGGCCAUCUCUCUACUGCGCUGGAUGAUGGAUAUGCGAUGAUUGAAAAGGAACACGGGUUUAACGGUGCCCGGAUUGCGGCAGAGAGUCAUGCCUGGGCCAUUGAACGGGUCGGACAAAUCUGCAAGUCCAUUGGCAUUGAUUGUGACUAUCGUCGGCUCCCAGGGUAUGAGAUAUCGCCAUAUCCCCGUGGUCAUCCCAGUUAUCACGCACAUGUGGCCAGGCUGAAACAGGAAGUCAAACUGGCGAGGACGCUCGGCCUCCCUGCUACGUUUCAUCAUGAUCUUACCGUCCAAGGCUGGAACGGCAGCCUCGAUCAUGGAGAGGGUGCCAAGUUCGCAGACCAGGCCACCUUUCAUCCCACCAGAUAUUGCGUCGGGGUUCUGGAUUGGCUCCGGAAGCAGUCGAAUUUCCACUGCUUUGCCCACACCCGGAUGAUGUCCAUGCACGAGAGCGAGGUUGUAGAGGUCCACACCAAAGGUGGAUAUACCAUUACUGCAGCAGACAUGGUCGAGGCAACCUGUAUACCGCUGCAGAGGCUCGGGGUGGCCGCAGAAAUGCAGUCCAUGCGUACAUACUGCAUCGCCAUUCGGAUUCCUAAAGGCUCCAUCGAAGAUUGCCUGAUUGGCGCAGGACCGUACCGGUAUGCUCGAUGUACCCAGUGCGACGACAAGGAGGACUAUCUGGUGCUUGGAGGAUGCGAUCAUAAGGUCGGCCUGGAAAAUACUCGCGGUCGCUUCGCCCAGCUCGAGACCUGGGCGCGUGAGCGGUUCACCAAUGCUGGGACGGUCGACUAUAAAUGGAGUGGGCAGGUCUUUGAGCCCUCCGACUGCAUGGCAUGCAUUGGCAAGGAUCCGGGCCAACACCAUACCUACAUCAUCACAGGAGACAGCGGCAACGGGCUCACGCACGGGGUGCUGGCCGGCAAAAUGAUUGCUGAUGAGAUCGAAGGCGUGGAUAACCCCUGGGCGAGUCUAUAUAACCCCGACCGUACCAUCCAGGCCAGCUCUGUGCCACGAUUACUGCAGCAUGCGGUUACUCAUUAUCAAGGUUGGGUGCAGCCUGACGUGAAGGACAUUGAAGAUCUCGCCGUGGGUUCUGGUGGUGUUAUCAAGGAAGACCCAUUGGCACCUGUUGCCGUGUAUAAGGACGAGGAAGGAAACGCGCAUCGGUUUAGUGCCGUCUGUCCCCAUUCAAGAGCGGUGUUGAACUGGAAUCAGACGGAGAAGAGCUGGGAUUGUCCGGUCCACGGCAGUCGGUUCAGCUGCGACGGGGUUUGUGUGCAGGGGCCUUCCAAGUCAAACCUGACGCCAAUAAAUGACCUUGCAAAGCGAGAGCAGCGGGCACAGGAAGCUAUUUAGGCAGCUGCCAACGUUCAAGGAGGGGUCAUAUUCCACAUUGAAAAAUGGGAUCGGCUGGGCAUGUCCCGAGUUGGGCAAGGGUACGAGUACGAGUCUCCAAUUGCCCCAAUCGGUAUACGCAACGAGAAAGAGGCCAAGUCUAUCCCAGCCACGCGUGCAAAGUUGGGGUUCAGG